UCAAGCACCGCGUGAGAGAGACACAGAGGAAAAGACCUUUACAACACAAGAGCGUAAAGGAGAGUCGGAUGCUGAGAAAGAAAAAACUGACGUGUAACCAGGACCCGAGAGGAACGCAGAAGAAUCUUUUAUGAUAGUUCAAUCUGGCAAUCAUCUUUUAUUAGCUUUUCCAAAUGCCACGUGGACACCGAAAGCUUCAAAGCCAACUGGAUGAAAGUAGCAGCUCUUACCCACCAAGCAUGGUGUGUGACUUGAUAGUAAACAAAAUGACCUGAAUCGACAAAAAAAUCAAGGAUUUUUUUAACUUUCUGGAGCAACAAACUUAUCUUCUGAAUUGAGCAAACAACAGAUCGAUUGCUUCGCGAGCGCUUCUGCGGAGCCGAGCCAAUGUGAUACGCCGUGCGCCUGCUGUUCAACCGAGGGUUACAUUAUAGAUACUAAACCGGACAGGAUGCUGACUUUCUCAAAAAACAUCUUCCAGCCUGCUGAAGCAAGCUUACUCGGUAGAAAAACCUCCUCCUAAAUGUCACGUCCGCAAAACAACACCAAGUGUUAAAAGGAUGUUGCACGGAAGGUUGGGAUCAGCCUCAGGGAUGGGGCAAAAACAAAUGCGUUUUUUCUUUCAAUGACUUUUGCUCUCCAUUCCUCUCUACUUAAGAAUGAACUGAUAUCUGGGGAAGCACUGGAAAUCCAAGAGCCGUAAUGGUUGAGAGCGGGAGCCGUACAAACAAGAGAUAUAAGCUAUUAGGAGAAACUGCUGGCAAUCUUAAGAUUUUAAAUAAUAGGAAUACUAAACCCAGGUGCAGGCUCUGAGUCAAACACCGUGUGGACCUCUACCCGUGAACCUCUAGCUGCUCUGUUUUACACCUGAAGCAUCUUGCCGGCACAAUGAUGUGUGCUCAGGGUGUGGCCGCACCCCUGAUGCUGAGCUCUUUCCUGUUGCAGCUGGCCAGAGCCGAGCUCCCUUCUGGUUGUUUGAUCGCAUCCGAUAUCUUGAGCUGCACCAACCUCAGCCUCAAACAUGUUCCUGUAGAGUUGCCUGUAAUGGUGGCCACGUUGGACUUCAACCACAACUGCUUAAAACAGCUUGAGGAUGGCAGCUUCGCUGGACUGCCCAAUCUGGACACCUUACGGCUAGCCCACAAUUGGUUGAGCGAACUCACUCCAGGAACCUUCAGGAAUACAAGUAGCAUACGCCACCUGGACCUUUCAUCUAAUCAGUUGAAUGUUAUAGAGGAGCACUACUUUCAAGAAUUAGUAGGACUCAGGGAGUUGCUCCUUUACAACAACCGUAUAGUAAGGGUGGAAAGCAACGCCCUGAAGGGUUUGACAAACCUCCGUAAGGCUUACCUGAGCCAUAAUAGGCUGACAGACUUCCCUUUCUUUUCAGUCCAGGAAAAUGCCAACCUCAUUACCCUGGACCUAAGCUCAAACCGUUUGCCCAACCUUCCUGUGGAGUACAUUUUCGGUCUACAGGAAUCAAUACAGCGAGGGUUGUUCCUGCACAACAACUCUCUCCAUUGUGACUGCUCCAUGUACAUCAUGUUCAAACACUGGGAGCAGCGAGGCUUCAAUUCCGUGAAAGACUUCCGAGAGGAGCACACCUGCUUGCUUUACGGCGAGCCGCGCGCUUCAGUGAGGUUUCUCCAACACAUGCGAUACUUUGAGAACUGCACUUUAAAACCGUACGUGGAGAAAGAGAGUCUGACAGCAGACGCUGGGGAUUUGUUGCUUUUGGAUUGUAAAACAUCAUUAAUGGGAAAGCAUCUCACCUUCUUGUGGGUGUCCCCGCAAAAGGAGUACAUUGCUCCCCCUGGUAACACCAGGCUGCGAAUGUAUGCAAAUGGCACCUUGGAAAUCUUGGCAGCUCAAACGAAUGACUCUGGGAUGUACUUCUGCAUGGUUCUUAACCAUCAGGAGUCACGCAACGAGACUCGAGAAGUGAACGUUACGGUGGUUGAAAAGCAUCAUGAGGAUGAGCCUUUCAACACCGGCUACACAACCCUAUUGUGCUGCGUGGUCAGCCUGGUUCUGGUUCUUAUGUACCUUUACCUGACGCCUUGCCGGUGCUGGUGCCGCAAGCAGCUCCCACUAUCGACGCCAAGUCCUGCAAACGAAUGCAGCGCCCAAUCGUCUAUCAUGUCUCCCACGCCACCUGCCACCACGGAGGGCCCCGGCCGCAAGGUCAGUAACAACAAGCAUGUGGCCUUUCUGGAACCCAUCAAGGAGACACAGAAUGGGAGGCCGCGGGCAGCACUGGCCCCCGAUCACCCCAGGCUGACGGUAACGCGGAGCGAUGCCGACUCGGUCACCUCUGUCUUCUCAGACAUCACAAUUGUGCCAUAGAGGCUGCUUGCUGUUAUUUUGAUGACCUGCUCGAGUGAGAGCGCGGUUCUUACUACGUGGCAGUACGCAACUGCACAGCUACUCAGGACAGAUCAGGGAGAGGCUUGGAAAGCCCAAGGCAGGGAACCAUACACAGUAGGAAAAAAGCACAUUCAAACAGAAAGGUAUAAUAAACAAAAAGGCAAAAAGAUGGAGCUGAGCGUUACCGUAAAUCAGCUUUAAGGCUUUACUGAGCCAUCAUGGUAAAAGACGAAGGAAUUGGUGAACGAUAAUGCUAAAAAGGGUAAAAUGCUUCCCCUUUAACACUGCUUGAGCCUUGAUAGAUCCUUAGCUAUGAAUGCCUUGUCCAGAGCCUAUAUCUUACUAAAUACCACAUAAACCCAUGUUAUUACUUUAGAAAGAGCAUGACGGAUAUGAAGGAGAAUGACAAGUGCAUACUGAUUUUCUAGUUUUUUACAGACUUUUAGAAUGUUGAUUUUUUUAGAUUUAAGUCAUUGUACCCGUGUUUCUCAUUACCAUUUUGUUGUUAGUUGUAAUCCGUUUCGGGACCUUGUCUGUCUUGUAAAUUCACAAAGAAAAUGGAUCCAGAGCGUAAAUGUUGAGCUAGUGAAAGUUGUUUGAAAAACUGUGCUCUAAAAAAGAUGCGGAUAUGACACAAACUUCCAAUCCCAACCUUAAUGGGAUUAUAACUUGAGUGAAACAGAAUCUGUGAAAGUUUUGUUUACAUACUGGAAUACUUUUCCCCUUUCCUAAGCAUUCCAUGUUUCCCUUUUGUCCACCACUCCCUCUACUCUCACAAUUCCUUCUUUAUCACCUUCUUAAU